UAUACUGAAAUCUGCUCGAAUGUUAGAAAUCAAUACCAAGGACGUAUUAAUUUAGCAUCUCAGUGAAAUGUUCAACUUGGUGCAUAACUACUGUUCUGAAUUUAAAGAAAACUAGUAAUGCUUUUACAGCAGAAAUAUGAAAAUUAGCAUGGAAUAUGUUGCGUAUUUCAAAUAUUUAUAAACAAAAAAUCGAAAACUUUUUCACAAAGAAGCUUUAUGAAUCUGGCUCCAUGUGUCUAUUUUGAGCGGUUACGAGGUUGGUCGAACUUAUAACCACUUGAGUCGUGCAUCGGUCAAUAGAUCUUCUCGGUCACUCUCCACGGACUUUAAUUUUCCAUGCCGAGUAUAGUUGACAUAUUUGUCCUCGUUACCUUCCAGCUCAACCGAGGGCCAGCAGAUGACAACCUCGACACCGAGGUCAAUUUGGCUGACAAAAAAACGUUCGGAUAUCAUCCAAGAGCGGAUACAGAAGCUCAAGAAAUACGAUGAGAGAAAGCAAGCCGUUGACGAGCGAUGAGCCGAGUUGAAAAGGAAAAUUGAGGAACACUUGAUAAAGAAAAAAAUGGAUAGAACUCCUCCACCACGAAGACGGCAAUCAAGUACAAUACGAAGGGAGGAUAUCAAGUCAUCAAAAGAUAUCUUACAACAGAUGGGAUUUUCAAAAUCAAGGGCAGAAAAAGCUUUGGCAGCAACAGGAGACAGAGAUCUGCAACUGGCCUCUGAUUGGCUGUUAUCUCAUGUCAACGACCCUGAGCUGGACGUUUCUGCCCCCAGACAGUACAUCCUAUAUCUGUGUCCUGUUGGCCCACUGCAGGAGCAGUUGAUGACCUUUUGGGAGAGGUCACAGAAACUAUGUGGUUGGAACGGCGCACAUACCUACUUCCCACACAUAACCUUGUGUCCAUUCUUUACUGUUGAGGACAGUAAAUGUGGCAUGGUAAAAAAGGCCCUGAACAUGAUAUCUGAAUACCUUGAUGAAUGCCCUGGCCCCCUCAAGCUGGACUUCUUUAACCAGAACAACUUCAUAGGAUGUUUUCUCAAGGAUAACUGCUAUAAAUACUUCACAGAGCUUGUCAGCAAGUUUGGUGCUGAGUGUAAGAAAUAUGGAAUCAAUGUUGAACCAGUGAAGAAACAGCUUCACAUCACAUUGGCUUAUCAGUAUUCUUCUGAGUACCAUGAAGAGCUGAUGCAGCAGGCUCGGGGGAUCGACCUUAAUGCGGCAUGUCAGUGGGAGGUCCGUUUGUAUUCCCGGGACCCAAGGGUUGGCAAAAGUGAGGUACGGAGAGUGAAGAAAACCUACCAUGCAACGCUUGAGGAUGAGCUUGACCUUAUAAUUGGGGACUAUGUUUUUAUGGACCCCAAUGAGCCAACACGAAGCACAGAUCAGUGGUAUUUUGGGACGUCUUGGCUGACGGGGCGGCAGAGCAUGUUUCCGGGGCCAUAUACUGAACGGACUUCAGAAACGUGGACUUGGGCGUUACAUGCGUCAGAGUUGUUGGUACAAAAGGAGACACCCUCCCCAGUGUGUAACGGGGACAGCCAUGCACACAUGCCCUUGCCCAAACCCCCUAAGGCUUCAGGGGAGACCUAUGAAGCAGUCUGGAAGGCAGAUCCGACAUAUGCCAAGGUGAACAAAGAGGUGAAGAAGUCACCAGUGCCGAGGAAGGAGGUGAGACCCCAGGACCUGGGCAUCCCGAGAUCCCUGGUGGUGAUGAGACAUGGGGAGAGGAUGGAUUUUUUGUUUGGCAGGAGUUGGGUGGACCUCUGCUUUGAUGAUGAUGGUAACUACAGACCAUCAGAUUUGAACAUGCCGAAAUCUAUGCCCAAGCGGGCGGGCACUCAUUAUGAAUACGCAAAGGACGCACCCCUCACUACCCUUGGAUCUUUCCAGGCACACCUGACAGGUGAAGCAUUGAAGUCGAAGGGAAUCACCUUUGAUCAUGUGUACGUGUCGCCGUCCCUGCGAUGUGUUCAGACUGCCACCAGUGUUCUUAAAAGUAUGGGUCAGGCAACAGUUCCCCUGCACGUAGAGCCUGGGAUCUUCGAGUGGCUCGGAUGGUACCAAUUAGGGCUGCCGAAAUUCUUCACUCCAACGGAAUUAAAAAGCCACGGGUUCAAUGUGGACUUGUCAUAUAAGCCAUUUGUGCCGAUAACCAAAUUCGAUAUGGAGGAGAAUAUAGAAGGUUAUUAUCGGCGCUCCGGUGAAACAUCAAGGAAUAUUGUGAUUCGACAUCAGCAAGAAGGAGGCAACAUCCUGAUUCUUGGACAUGCUGGAAGUCUCGAGGUCUGCACGCGUCAGUUGCUUAGGAAAACUCCGCGACCUGAUCGAGAUUUCCGAGAUCUUUGUGCCAAAGUGCCAUACUGUGGGUUGCUCUCUAUUACGGAAUGUUUACGCACCCAAAAAUGGAGCAUGGGAGAUGCUCCAAUUCUAUCUCUGACACAUGGCCAAAAUAAGCAGAUGGUGAUGACAAAACUGUUUUACCCAUCAGAGUUAUAGUUUACAGUGAUGAUGUGCUGAAAAAUUAUACUGAACACUGCUUUCAUUUUGCGAAGAUUUGAUUUUUCCGCUAAUAUUAGAAAUUUUAAAUCAAUUGCAUUGCAAAUAUAACCUAAAUCAGCUGAUGAAAAUCUUCCGAAGAGAAAUUUUCAACACAAGUCCUUAAGAUUAUCUCUAUUAGGUAUAAACUAGUGCAUUUAGUAGCCCCUUGAAGGAAUGGCCCUCUUGAUGGAAUUGCCCCUUUAUAGAACAGCCCCUCGAUGCCUAUAUUGAGCGGAUGGAAAAGUAUUUCUGUACAUGUUUAAAUUAAAGAAAAAAACAUUAUAUCAUAAGUUAUGAUGAGCUGAUGAUCUUUAUAAAAUACAAGUGUGCUGCAUGCAUUUAUAUUCCGAAUAAAACUAGAAUGUUUGUAUUAAAUAGACAUCAGAUUCUGUAACUUUAAUUCAUAAGAUGAUUCUGCUUGGGAAAAUCAUGCUUUUUCCAAUGCCAUAUGAUAUAUUUGAACAAAGAAUAAGGCAUUCAUUUGAGUUUAUACAUAAAUAUAGGUUUUUACCUUGAAUAUUCCACGUUAAUGACAAAUGCAUUAUUCAAACAAACAGGUCACAUGUCACUAAAAUAAAUCCACCAAGCAUUACACAAAAAUAUAAAAAGGCAUGUUUAAAACAUUUUCUUAUGUAAAUAAUACUGUUACUUAUAGAUUAUCAUAGUACAUGUAUCUAGUUCUUAUAUGUCAUAUUUCUUUGAUUAUUCUGGUGGUAGAUGUGUACAAUUAUGAUUAUUCCUGUGGUAAAUAGGUAAUCACAUUUUGUUAGAUUGAGUGAGAAAACACACACACAAGAAUUUCUUAUUUUUUAACCACGUUUUUGUGGUUUCAUGCAAAAAAAUAUCCUUUGUUUAAUCAUCAAAAUACUGAUUUAUAUUGUAUUUAUUAGCAUUUAUUUUUUCUGUGCAAUCUUAUUUAGCCAGAGUUUAAUAUGGUCAACCUUAAAAGUUUCAUAUUUGCAACACUGUAGAAAAGAAUAGCUAGAAAUAAGGCUCAUAGUUUAUUCUAGUCUUUUUCUAUGUAUAUAUUAUUACAGAUGUUGCCUAGACACUACGGGUACAAGUGGACUACUUUUAGUUCAUUAAUCCUGGACUACUUUUAGUUCAUUAGUUCUGGACUUCUUUCAGUUCAUUAAUUUUGGACUACUUUUAGUUCAUUAAAUUUGGACUUAUUUCAGUUCAUUAAUUCUGGACUACUUUUAGUUCAUUAAUUUUGGACUUCUUUCAGUUCAUUAAGUUUGGACUACUUUUAGUUCAUUAAUUAUGGACUACUUUUAGUUCAUUAAUUCUGGACUACAUUUAGUUCUCUUAGUCUGGGCUACUUUUAGUUCACUAGGUCUAGACUAUUUUUAGUUUACUUUAGUAGGGAUAUAUGUACAAUUUACAGGUUUAGAAUAACACUACAAUAGUAAGAGGUUUAUGAGAAUGUCAGCAAGCUUAGCGCACUUAAAAGUUACAUUAUGUGUAGCUUCAAAACAAGUUCAUAUGUGAGUCAUGUUUCGCAACCUCAUUUUUAUGUUACAGCUAUGUUUUGUUUGGUUAUUAUAAUUUUAUCAUAUGACGGUAGACUUGUUCCCCAAGCUUAUUUGUUUGUUGUUUUUUUAAGAAAAAAAGUUGAGCUAUUGCAGUAGCCACCAAGUUGUCAUGCAAAAGCUUUCACCUUGACCAUUACUUAAAUACUGUUCAAGAUAUUGGAAUGAAACUUGGUACACAUGUAUAGUAAAGCACACAAUCUUGACUUCUAUAAUAGUCAACUGAAAAAACAAGAACAGAUCAGUGUUGGUUUUUGCUCAGUGAUUCUUUUGUAUAGAUAUUUCUUUAGUUGGUCGAUAGAGUUUAUGAUUGAUUGAAGUAAAUUUAUACAGGCAGAUAAUUAUGGAACCUUGUUAAUUAUGGAACCUUGUUUAUACAUCGAUUUUCAUUUUGAUCUUUAAAGUGCUGGGCAUUUGGAUAUUUCUACACAAUGUAAACCAUUGAAUUGAAUUAAACUAACACAAUGCUGCAGGCAGCAUUUUUUGUUGUUAAAAUUAUAAGUUUGUUUUUUAUAUUUAACUGUCUGUUUUUGAAUGUAAAACAUGGUAUUGAGAUAUUGUCAUGACCGUGGUGAUGUUAUAGAUGUGAAAACACUUGAAUGCUGGAAAUAAUGCUUUUUUGUAGCAAGUUUUACCAUGCUUGACUCACCAUUUGUUGAGUUUCGCCCUUAUGUUCAUUGAAAUGAAGCCAAAUUACCCUGAUAAAAUUAUUUUUAACUGGUAAACAAAUGAAGGGAUUUACAACCAUAGUCACAUGAUAACCCUGGACUAACACAUGCAUGUAGAUAUAUUCCUUUGUUGAACAAAGUAGGAAUGGUAAAUAUUGAGGAUGUUGGUAAUCUCAGACAAUGGAGAAAAGACUAAUGAUAUUGAUUAUGAAGUUAUUGUAUAUUUUAACAUGUAAUAAAUUGUUGCCGAUAUAUUAUUAUAUGAUAUGAACUUCCAUACAAUGAUCGCUACUUUUUUGGGGUCGAAACAUUAUUACCAUAUUAAAGUUUUCAUUUCAACAUCUGCUUUUAUGCACAAGCUACAUUUAUUGUUGGUUUGCAUUUUUUCACAAUCAUUUUGUUAACAGAUAUAUCAUAUGAUCCGUCAUGAUUUGUCGUAUAAUACAUAAUUUUGUUCAACAAGUUUAUUAAAAAAAAAUUCACAAUCAAGUAUUUUGCAAGAUUACAAACAUAAUUCCUGGACAAGUUGAAAAAAAAAGUGAAUUAUAUCAUGAAGAGUGUCAGAUUCUUUUUAUGACAUCAUGCUUCUUCCGGUAAAAAACCAAUGUGUCCACUGGACACGUAUACCCUGACUUGCCUCACAUGACACAGGAAAUGUUAAAAGAACUGUUGCUAUUCACCCCAACAACAUUACCCUAAGGUUUCAAUGACUCGAGGUCAUAUAUUUUUGGAAGUUCGAAAAUGCCAAUUUUUGGUAAUUGAAGGGCCAUAACUCUCCCUUACUAUGUAGAGCUGCAAACUGAACCCCGGGUGCACAACUUCAUCAUCUCAAAACAUUCCGACAAGGUCUCAAGUUUGCAUUAUACUUGUGGACAGAUGGACAAGGGCAAAUCUAUAUGUUACCUGUUUUAAAAUUUGAGUAUUUUAAUUCAAUUUAAAUUGAAAGAAUAAUAAGAUGAUAUCAAGUGAGAAUACCAACAUAGACACUAUACUUUAAAUGAAAUUUGCUUGUUCAAAUUGUGACGUCAUAUCAGAUAGGAUGAAUUUAAUAUACUUUAAUGAUUGACGUCAGUUUAAGUAUUGAAGGUCUUUAAAAUGUAUAAAACAAAUCAAGAAGAAAUAACAUGUUUUCUAUUAAGAUUUAGAUGGAAAAUACUACUUCAUUCAAAUCAUUUUUUAUCAUGAAAACUAAAUGAGAAAUGAACAACUUGCUAAAAUAUUGCAAAUUAACAAAAAAAAUUUUUUCAAUUUGCGUACAAAGACGAUGUGUGAUAUAUUUUCUGACCAAAAGGAAUAUAGUAAUGUUAUAUUACUCAUGUGUUAUACAAAAAAAAUAUAUGUAUAUAUAAAAUAUUUUAAACUGGAAACAAAGUAAAGCAUGUGAUAAAACAUCAUCUUAAAUGUAAAGUGGGAGAAAAAACAUUGCCAAUUUUUGAUGAUUUUUACACUUGGGUUCAUUUGUGCUAUAUUUAUCAGAUAUUAUUUAAUCAUCUUUAUAUUAUUAUUACUGUUCUGUACAAAUUUCAUAAUUUUGUAUUUAUAAUAAAUAUAUAUUUCACAA